AUGAAUGCAGAUAAAUACAGGAUGAUGCGUCUGGCAUGUUGCACAGCGUUGCUGUUUGUGUUGAGGCUGUUGGUGGGCCUGCCAUGGUACCAGGUUCUUCCAGCCAUCCUGAUAUUCUAUCUUGGAAGUGGAGGAUGGAACUUUCUGGAUAUUGUUGCCAAAACAAUUGGCAGAGAUCUACACGCUGCCUAUGUGUUGCUGCGCGUGAAGCUUAACGUUAAGCGCCACGUCAGAGAGAAGAACACUAUUCCUAAGAUCUUUGCUGAAACGGUGCAGCGCCAUGGGGACAAAACUGCUCUCAUCUUUGAGGGGACCGGAGAAAGGUGGACUUUCCGACAGCUGGACGAAUAUUCCAACCGAGUGGCCAAUCUGCUGCUGGAUCGAGGCUUUAAG